UCUGCCACCCCUCUCUGCCAAUCCCUCCACUGGCCUCCACUCAGUGUCCUCCACCCCUCUCUGCCAAUCCCUCCACUGGCCUCCACUCAGUGUCCUCCAUCCCUCUCUGUCAAUCCCUCCACUGGCCUCCACUCAGUGUUCUCCACCCCUCUCUGCCAAUCCCUCCACUGGCCUCCACUCAGUGUCCUCCACCCCUCUCUGCCAAUCCCUCCACUGGCCUCCACUCAGUGUCCUCCAUCCCUCUCUGUCAAUCCCUCCACUGGCCUCCACUCAGUGUCCUCCACCCCUCUCUGCCAAUCCCUCCAAUGGCCUCCACUCAGUGUCCUCCACCCCUCUCUGCCAAUCCCUCCACUGGCCUCCACUCAUCUCCACUCAGUGUCCUCCACCCUUCUCUGCCAAUCCCUCCACUGGCGUCCACUCAGUGUCCUCCACCCCUCUCUGCCAAUCCCUCCACUGGCCUCCACUCAGUGUCCUCACCCCUCUCUGCCAAUCCCU